UCCGCUGGCAGUAUCAAGAGGCUUCUACCCGCGCUAGGACGAGACCGUGCGAAAGUCUCCAGUCGUUUCGUACGCGAACCGCGAAGAAACGACAAAGUUAAUCCGGAGAAGUUCCCCCUGUAACCCGGGGAGCCCACACGCUUCGCACCGGAGGAGUUCCGCGGUCCCUCCACGCUCCAGCCCCGGCGGCUGUUCGCAUGCAGUGACGGGGGAGGAAAGUGCAGCUUUGUCGGUGAAAAAGACGGGAGAGGAAUUAGUAUUUUUGUUUCGGAGCUAAUCGCGAUCCAGAGGCGGCGGGCUCCUGCUACGUUAGCCGGGGUAUCGGCUCCUCCAGCGCAGCCCUGCGAGGGGACACUCCAACUUCCAGCCCCCAGCGGCGGGAGAGCUUGUUUUUGUACCGGGGAGAGGAGCUCCAGAGUGCCGCGGUCCGUGGGGUCGCGGCUGCCACAAGUUGCCCGGCGGUGAGGUGCAGCCACGCCGGGGGGGAAAGCACAGCGCGACGGCCGCUACUCUCCGGCUAGCUCGCCUGCUGCUGGCUGGAUCGAGGCCUUCUCGCCGAGGCGACAAUGCUCGACAUAAUGUCCGAGCACCAAGAUUCACUGUUGACGUGCAAAACGGAAUCCUUGCCCCCUGAGAGGAAAAAGAGGACUGUGGAGGACUUCAACAAGUUCUGCAGCUUCGUCCUGGCGUAUGCUGGUUACAUCCCCAGUCCUAAAGAGGAGAACUCAUGGUCCCCGACAUCAUCCAGCUCGGCCCACAGCUCGGGGCUGUCGGCGGAUGGAGGCGGCGGAGGCAGCAGCAGCUCCAUGGGCAACACCUGGGGAGACGGAAACUCCGACAUCCACACCAUUCACACGUUUGUUCGUAAAGCGCGAGCAAACAAGGGCAAAAACAUUCGCCGCCUGCACUCUGAUAGCACUCUACUGGACAAGAUGCGCCUUAAAGACUCCCUGUACGACAGCCAGGCCAGCUCGAAGUUAGAGCGCAAGAAGGACAAAAAGCUGAAAAAGCUCUCGCUGGGCUCCGGCAUGACGGCGGCCGACAGCGGCAGCAGCGAAGGCGAGAAAAGGGCGCGCAUCAAACGCAGCAAAAACUCAAAACAGCCAAAACCGAAGAAGCUCAAGAGCUCGGCUGCUCAAAGCGAGACAGACUCUGAGGCACGCCACGGACUUUCAGAGGUACGACCUAUCGGAGAGGAGCUGGCGGUGCACGGCGCCUCCACGCCGACCAUGCCGGGCAUGGGCAAGCUGCAGCCGGACGAGUCCAGGGAAGCAGAGAUGAGCUCCAGUGAGGGGGAGACAUGGAUCGCAGAUGAAGACAUUAUGGUGGAGUCAGGCGACGAUUCGUGGGACUUGAUCACAUGUUACUGUGGGAAGCCGUUCGCCGGGCGGCCGAUGAUCGAGUGCAACCAGUGCGGCAUCUGGGUUCACCUGUCGUGUGCGAAGAUCAAGAAGUCCAACGUUCCCGACAUCUUUUACUGCCACAAGUGCAGGGACACGCGGCGGUCAGGAAACAAAAAAGACACUUAGAGAUGAAGAGGACGGGAGGGACCAGGAGCAACCCGCCCUGUCUUUGCUGUCCUCUUGACACUUAUUUUCUUUGAUGCCUGCAGCCAAAACAGCCUAAAUUAUCACCUGGAUGGCAACUGUAUUGUCAGUUUGUAGAAUUUCUUUUGACAAUCACAACCAUUCUUAUUUAUCCCUCACAGUUCCUUUUUAUUUCUGAGUCUGUUAUUUUUCUUUGGCUAUUGUGGAGAACUGAACAGACGGCUACAGAGACAGCGGAGAAUCAUUUAUUUGUUACUAAUUAAUCUGUACAUUCAUUGGCUUUGUCAUAUACUGUGCUGGUCGCUCUCAUAUUCACUGAAGGUGCAUUUUGACUUGGAGGACGCUGACAAAUCAGUGAACAUUUUACUUUGCUGUCCUCGAGGAGUUUUAGUUUGAAAAGCCUUCUUCUCGGCUAUAAAUUUUACACUUUGAACAAAUGUAUAGAUUAAGAGAUGUAAAACGUCACUUCUGUUGUUUGUUUAGAAAUGCAUCAUAAUGCUAGAUGGGCAGCUCAUUUUUAUUUUGCGUCGUAUUUUGGCAAUAUACCUUUUUUUUAGUUGUUUUUGGGGUGGGGGUUAGGGGCUAAAAUUUAGACAUCUCACUCCUCUAGAAUAAGUUGAAUCAGCUAACAUUUAUUAUUUAGCAUCUGCAUUUGUGUCGAAAUUGAUUAAUAUAAAAUUGCACACAGACAAUUCUUCCAGCAGUGCACUUUUUAUUCUCUAUAAACCCAAAUACCAUGUCCACUGCAUAUUUGGACGGUACUGGGAAUAUGAUUCGCUACAGCCGGUUACAUCUCUACGUAGCGUGUAGCUGUGUACAUUCAUGAUUUAGCGCUUAAUGUUUCUCCCUGUCCGGCUUGUUAAUCAAUCAUUCAUAGCCAACUACCACGAACAUUUACAUUGAAAGCUGUUAAAUUUUGAUGUUUCUGUUUCACGUGUGGUUAUUGUUUCAGUUUUUCUUGUUUUAAAAAAGCUCAUUGUCUAUCUACGAGGGGGAUUAACGUUGCUGUACGACGAAUGGUCUGGCCGUGCUUUCGAAUGUCAAAGCGGCCCAGAGGCUCAUUUAUGAAUGGUUGUAAAAUAUUUUCUAUUUCAUAUAAUUGUUUAUUUCUUAGAUUUCUGAGAAGCGGGGGUAUUUUUUUUUUUUUUUUUAGAGAAACGCCCGCAUCAGAGAAUGGACAUUAAGAUUGUCUCACAUCGAGAACAGAGUUGUAGUGUACAGAAAAUAAGUUGAGGCCGCGUAGGUUGUGGCGUUUGUUUAUGUUGUUUGGUUUUUACCAUGUGCUUUUCUUUGGUUCGUGGGAGAGUCUUGGUAAGUCUCCAGUAGCAGUUGCACUCUCUUUACAACUUAAAUUCUGUGUACAUAUCCUGUUCUUUUACAACUGUACAUAUGUGAAAGUGAAGAGAGAAAAUACCCGAGCAAAAUCUAUAUUUUCUGCAGUCUGAUAUUGUUUUCUUUGAUUGUAGCUUGACAAAUUAAAAGUCUUUGGGAACAUAAA